AUGCCAUCACCCACCAGUUUUCGCCAUAUCACUCACGACCACCACCUAACCCUAAACGGAUGGGAGGUGAGUUCUUGUCUGAUCGAUGGGAGGUCUUGUCCGGCCACUGAACCGGCUAAGGCCAUCGUCCUGACCUCCGAUCCAGAAACUGUGUUCGACAUCAAAUGCUUCUCUCGCAAUCAGCACCAUAACCGCCCACCCGUCCGCCGCAUAGUACUAAAGAAAGGUGACAUCGUUAAAGCGAUGAAGGAGAAGUCGUUUGAUGUCGCUGAUUUCCCUACGAUUUAUUUGACAACUACAGUUGAAGAAGAAUACAAUGCCUGUGGUGGAUGUUAUUGCAAGUAA